AUGUUGGAAGAAGAGAAAGACCUGGGUGAAACUGGUGAACCAGAGUUUGGGCACACAAUUCCCUGCCCUUCAAAUCAUCACAGCCAAUCAACGCUGAGGCCGCCUCUCCCUCCUCCUCACAACCAUUCCCUGUCCCAUCACCAUUCCUCUGCCAACUCCCUCAACAGGAACUCUCUCACCAACCGCCGCAACCAGAUCCACGCGCCCGCGCCGGCGCCCAACGACCUGGCCACCACCCCCGAGUCCGUGCAGCUCCAGGACAGCUGGGUGCUCAACAGCAACGUGCCCCUCGAGACCAGGAGAAAGGAUGAUGGCCACCCUUGUGAUGAUUAUGAAAUAGCCAUGCACCUGCUGGGCCUCAACUGGCAGCUGCAGCCGGCAGAGCCGCCGACCUUCAGCAACGGCCUGCGCCCGCCCGGCGACGACGGCCCGCCCGCGCCCCCUGCCGGCAGAGGACCAUGGGUCACUAGGAAUAGCAGCAUAGAUAGUGGAGAAACAGAAGUUGGCCACAGGGUCACCCAGGAGGUGCCCCCUGGAGUUUUUUGGAGGUCUCAGAUCCAUAUCAGCCAGCCACAGUUCCUGAAGUUCAACAUAUCCUUAGGGAAGGAUGCUCUUUUUGGUGUUUAUAUAAGAAGAGGACUCCCACCAUCACAUGCCCAGUAUGAUUUCAUGGAACGUUUGGAUGGCAAGGAGAAGUGGAGUGUGGUGGAGUCGCCCCGGGAGCGCCGGAGCGUCCAGACCCUGGUGCAGAACGAGGCCGUGUUCGUCCAGUACCUGGACGUGGGCUUGUGGCACCUGGCCUUCUACAACGAUGGCAAGGACAAAGAGGUGGUCUCCUUCAGCACAGUCAUUUUGGACUCAGUGCAAGACUGCCCACGUCAUUGCCAUGGGAAUGGCGAGUGUGUCUCAGGUGUCUGCCACUGUUUCCCAGGAUUUCAUGGAGCAGAUUGUGCUAAAGCUGCCUGCCCCGUUCUGUGCAGUGGCAAUGGUCAGUACUCCAAAGGCACCUGCUUGUGCUACAGUGGCUGGAAAGGUCCAGAAUGUGAUGUGCCCACCAGCCAGUGCAUUGACCCCUCAUGUGGAGGUCAUGGCUCCUGCAUCGAGGGCAACUGUGUCUGCUCUGUGGGCUAUAAAGGAGAAAACUGUGAGGAAGUGGACUGCUUGGACCCGACGUGCUCCAACCACGGGGUGUGUGUGAACGGGGAGUGCCUGUGCAGCCCGGGCUGGGGAGGCGCGAGCUGCGAGCUGCCACGCGCCCAGUGCCCCGAGCAGUGCAGCGGGCACGGCUCCUACCUGCCCGACACCGGGCUCUGCACCUGCGACCCCAACUGGAUGGGCCCCGACUGCUCCGUUGAAGUGUGCUCGGUGGACUGUGGCACGCACGGCGUGUGCAUCGGCGGGGCCUGUCGCUGCGAGGAGGGCUGGACGGGAGCGGGCUGUGACCAGCGUGUGUGCCACCCCCGCUGCACGGAGCACGGGACUUGUAAAGAUGGGAAGUGUGAAUGCAGAGAGGGCUGGAAUGGGGAGCACUGCACCAUUGGUAGGCAAACGACAGGCACCGAAACAGAUGGCUGUCCGGACCUGUGCAACGGCAACGGGAGGUGCACGCUGGGCCAGAACAGCUGGCAGUGCGUCUGCCAGAGCGGCUGGAGGGGGCCGGGAUGCAGCGUGGCCAUGGAAACCGCCUGCGCCGACAGCAAGGACAACGAGGGAGAUGGCCUGGUGGACUGCCUGGACCCUGACUGCUGCCUGCAGGCCACCUGCCAGAACAGCCUGCUGUGCCGGGGCUCGCGGGACCCGCUGGACAUCAUCCAGCAGAGCCACGCCGCCGCUCCCGCCGUCCGCUCCUUCUACGACCGCAUCAAGCUGCUGGUGGGGAAGGACAGCACCCACAUCAUCCCUGGGGAGAACCCCUUCAACAGCAGUCUUGUGUCUCUCAUAAGAGGCCAAGUGGUGACUACAGAUGGGACUCCUCUCGUUGGGGUCAAUGUGUCGUUUGUCAAGUAUCCAAAGUACGGCUACACCAUCACUCGCCAGGAUGGCACGUUUGACUUGGUUGCAAAUGGUGGAGCAUCCCUGACGCUGCACUUUGAACGGGCCCCGUUCAUGAGCCAGGAGAGGACAGUGUGGCUGCCAUGGAACAGCUUCUAUGCCAUGGACACACUUGUGAUGAAGACAGAGGAGAACUCCAUUCCCAGCUGUGAUCUCAGUGGGUUUGUUCGUCCUGACCCAGUCAUCAUUUCAUCACCACUUUCAACUUUCUUUAGUGACGCUCCCAGCCGCAAUCCCAUUGUGCCAGAAACCCAGGUUCUUCAUGAAGAAAUUGAGAUCCCUGGCUCUAGUAUAAAGCUCAGCUACCUGAGCUCCCGCACUGCUGGAUACAAAUCCUUACUGAAGAUCAUCAUGACUCAGACUCUGGUGCCACUCAAUCUGAUCAAAGUUCAUUUGAUGGUAGCAGUAGAAGGGCAUUUGUUCCAAAAAUCAUUUCAGGCAUCUCCCAACUUGGCAUAUACAUUUAUCUGGGACAAAACAGAUGCCUAUGGUCAGAAGGUUUAUGGGUUGUCAGAUGCUGUAGUGUCUGUGGGGUUUGAAUAUGAGACUUGCCCCAGUCUCAUUUUAUGGGAGAAGAGGACAGCACUGCUGCAAGGAUUUGAACUGGAUCCUUCAAACUUAGGAGGAUGGUCUCUGGAUAAACAUCAUGUGCUUAAUGUCAAGAGUGGUAUAUUGCACAAAGGCAACGGAGAAAAUCAGUUUCUCACUCAGCAGCCAGCUGUGAUAACCAGCAUUAUGGGCAACGGGCGCCGCAGAAGCAUUUCCUGUCCCAGCUGCAAUGGCCUGGCAGAAGGAAAUAAGCUCUUGGCCCCUGUGGCACUGGCAGUGGGUAUUGAUGGAAGUCUCUUUGUUGGGGAUUUUAACUAUAUCCGGCGUAUCUUCCCCUCCAGGAACGUCACCAGCAUACUGGAGCUGAGCAACAAUCCUGCUCAUAAAUACUAUCUGGCCGUGGACCCUGUUUCAGGCUCCCUCUACGUGUCGGACACCAAUAGCCGACGGAUUUACAAAGUCAAGUCCCUCACGGGCACGAAGGACCUUGCUGGUAACUCUGAAGUGGUGGCAGGGACAGGAGAGCAGUGCCUGCCCUUUGAUGAAGCCAGAUGUGGGGAUGGAGGGAAGGCAGUGGACGCAACCCUAAUGAGCCCUCGAGGAAUUGCAGUGGAUAAGUAUGGACUCAUGUAUUUUGUUGAUGCCACUAUGAUUAGAAAAGUGGAUCAGAACGGAAUUAUAUCAACCCUGCUGGGCUCCAAUGACCUGACUGCUGUUCGACCUCUCAGCUGUGAUUCCAGCAUGGAUGUCACCCAGGUACGGCUGGAGUGGCCUACUGAUCUCGCUGUCAAUCCCAUGGACAACUCCCUUUAUGUCCUAGAGAACAAUGUUAUUUUACGGAUCACAGAAAACCAUCAAGUUAGCAUUAUUGCUGGACGCCCCAUGCACUGCCAGGUUCCUGGUAUAGACUACUCUCUUAGCAAACUGGCUAUUCAUUCUGCACUUGAAUCAGCCAGUGCCAUUGCCAUCUCACACACAGGAGUUCUUUACAUCAGUGAGACAGAUGAAAAAAAAAUUAAUCGGCUACGCCAGGUAACUACCAAUGGAGAAAUAUGCCUUCUUGCAGGGGCAGCUUCAGACUGUGAUUGCAAAAAUGAUGUCAACUGUAAUUGCUAUGCUGGGGAUGAUGGGUAUGCCACUGAUGCCAUCUUAAAUUCACCAUCUUCCUUAGCUGUGGCCCCAGAUGGUACCAUCUACAUAGCUGAUCUCGGAAAUAUCCGCAUUAGGGCUGUCAGUAAAAACAGGCCCAUUCUUAAUUCCUUUAACCAAUAUGAAGCUGCAUCUCCAGGAGAACAGGAGCUGUAUGUCUUCAAUGCUGAUGGGAUUCACCAGUACACUCUGAGCCUCGUUACUGGGGAGUACUUGUACAAUUUCACCUAUAGCAGCGAUAACGAUGUCACGGAGGUGAUGGACAACAACGGCAACUCGCUGAAGGUGCGCCGCGACGCCAGCGGGAUGCCCCGCCACCUGCUGAUGCCCGACAAUCAGAUUGUCACCCUGGCUGUUGGCACCAAUGGGGGACUCAAGCUGGUCUCAACACAGACCCUGGAGCUCGGAUUAAUGACAUACAAUGGAAACAGUGGUCUCUUAGCAACGAAGAGUGAUGAAACAGGAUGGACAACAUUUUAUGACUAUGAUCAUGAAGGGCGUCUGACCAAUGUAACACGUCCCACUGGAGUGGUAACUAGCCUUCAUCGAGAAAUGGAAAAGUCCAUUACCAUCGACAUUGAGAAUUCUAAUCGGGAUGACGAUGUCACGGUCAUCACAAAUCUCUCCUCUGUGGAGGCUUCCUAUACAGUUGUUCAAGAUCAAGUGAGGAACAGCUACCAGCUCUGUAAUAAUGGUACUUUGAGAGUGAUGUAUGCCAAUGGCAUGAGCAUUAGCUUUCACAGCGAGCCUCAUGUCCUGGCUGGGACUGUGACUCCCACCAUAGGACGAUGUAAUAUUUCUCUGCCCAUGGAAAAUGGUUUAAACUCAAUUGAAUGGCGCCUGAGGAAGGAGCAGAUUAAAGGCAAAGUGACGGUGUUUGGAAGAAAGCUCAGGGUGCACGGCAGGAACCUGCUGUCCAUCGACUACGACCGCAACAUCCGCACCGAGAAGAUCUACGACGACCACCGCAAGUUCACGCUGCGCAUCAUCUACGACCAGCUGGGCCGGCCCUUCCUCUGGCUGCCCAGCAGCGGCCUGGCUGCUGUCAAUGUCUCCUAUUUCCUCAAUGGGCGCCUGGCAGGGCUGCAGCGCGGGGCCAUGAGCGAGAGGACCGACAUCGACAAGCAGGGCAGGAUCGUGUCGCGCAUGUUCGCCGACGGCAAAGUGUGGAGCUACACCUACCUGGAAAACUCCAUGGUGCUGCUGCUGCAGAGCCAGCGCCAGUACAUCUUCGAGUUCGACUCCUCGGAGCGCCUGCACGCCGUCACCAUGCCCAGCGUGGCUCGGCACAGCAUGUCCACCCACACCUCCGUGGGCUACAUCAGGAACAUCUACAACCCCCCCGAGAGCAACGCCUCCGUCAUUUUUGAUUACAGCGACGACGGCAGGAUUCUGAAAACGUCCUUUUUAGGUACCGGCCGCCAAGUCUUCUACAAGUAUGGAAAGCUGUCCAAGCUGUCUGAAAUUGUUUAUGACAGCACAGCGGUGACUUUUGGCUACGACGAAACCACAGGUGUCCUAAAAAUGGUGAAUUUGCAAAGUGGAGGGUUUUCUUGCACAAUUCGCUAUAGGAAAAUUGGUCCUCUUGUUGACAAACAAAUCUACAGGUUCUCUGAAGAAGGAAUGGUCAACGCAAGGUUUGAUUAUACAUAUCAUGACAACAGCUUUCGAAUCGCAAGCAUCAAACCCAUCAUAAGUGAGACGCCUCUUCCAGUUGACCUCUACCGUUACGAUGAGAUUUCUGGCAAAGUCGAGCAUUUUGGCAAAUUUGGAGUUAUUUAUUAUGAUAUUAACCAAAUUAUCACCACGGCAGUUAUGACGCUGAGCAAGCACUUUGACACCCACGGGCGCAUUAAGGAAGUGCAGUACGAAAUGUUCCGGUCCCUGAUGUACUGGAUGACCGUGCAGUACGACAGCAUGGGAAGGGUGACCAAAAGAGAGCUCAAACUCGGUCCCUACGCCAACACGACCAAGUACACCUAUGACUAUGAUGGAGACGGGCAGCUGCAGAGCGUGGCAGUCAAUGACAGGCCCACCUGGCGCUACAGCUACGACCUGAACGGGAACCUGCACCUCCUGAAUCCUGGAAACAGCGUCCGGCUGAUGCCGCUGCGCUACGACCUCCGGGACAGGAUCACGCGCCUGGGUGACGUCCCCUACAAGAUCGAUGACGACGGGUUCCUGUGGCAGCGGGGUGCAGACGUGUUUGAGUACAACUCCAAAGGGCUCCUGACCAGAGCUUACAACAAAGCCAAUGGGUGGAGUGUUCAGUACCGCUACGACGGACUGGGCCGAAGGGCUUCCUGCAAGACCAACCUGGGGCAUCAUCUGCAGUACUUUUAUGCUGAUCUUCACAAUCCAACAAGGGUAACUCAUGUCUACAAUCAUUCCAACUCCGAAAUUACCUCUUUGUACUACGACCUGCAAGGGCACCUCUUUGCAAUGGAGAGCAGCAGUGGGGAAGAGUAUUACGUGGCCUCUGAUAACACAGGCACUCCAUUAGCUGUGUUCAGCAUCAAUGGCCUCAUGAUCAAGCAGCUCCAGUACACGGCCUAUGGGGAGAUCUAUUAUGACUCUAACCCAGAUUUCCAGCUGGUCAUUGGGUUCCAUGGAGGACUGUAUGAUCCUUUAACCAAACUCGUGCAUUUUACCCAAAGGGACUACGAUGUCCUGGCUGGGCGCUGGACAUCUCCUGAUUACACCAUGUGGAAAAACAUUGGCAAAGAACCCGCUCCUUUCAAUUUGUACAUGUUCAAGAGUAACAACCCUCUCAGCAAUGAACUGGAUCUAAAGAAUUAUGUAACAGAUGUCAAGAGCUGGUUGGUGAUGUUUGGAUUUCAGCUUAGCAACAUCAUUCCUGGUUUCCCUAGAGCAAAAAUGUACUUUGUGUCACCGCCAUACGAGCUGUCUGAGAGUCAAGCGUGUGAAAAUGGACAGCUAAUUACAGGAGUGCAGCAGACGACAGAACGACACAACCAGGCUUUCAUGGCUCUGGAGGGACAGGUCAUAUCUAAACGAUUACAUGCCAAAAUUAGAGAGAAAGCAGGCCACUGGUUUGCCACAAGCACUCCCAUCGUGGGGAAAGGAAUCAUGUUUGCCGUGAAGGAAGGCCGUGUAACCACCGGUGUUUCCAGCAUCGCCACGGACGACAGCAGGAAGAUCGCCUCGGUCCUGAACGGCGCUCACUACCUGGAGAAGAUGCACUACAGCAUCGAGGGCAAGGACACCCACUACUUCGUGAAGGUGGGCUCGGCUGACAGCGACCUGGUUACCCUGGCCAUGACCAGCGGCAGGAAGGUGCUGGACAGCGGCAUCAACGUCACCGUGUCGCAGCCCACGCUGCUCGUCAGCGGCAGGACUCGAAGGUUUACGAACGUUGAGUUCCAGCAUUCCACCCUGCUGAUCAACAUCCGCUACGGGCUGAGCGCCGACACGCUGGACGAGGAGAAGGCCAGGGUGCUGGAGCAGGCUCGGCAGCGAGCCCUGGCCGCCGCCUGGGCCAAGGAGCAGCAGAAGGCGCGGGACGGACGCGAGGGCAGCCGCGUAUGGACAGACGGAGAGAGGCAGCAGCUCCUCAGCACGGGAAGGGUGCAAGGUUACGAGGGAUAUUAUGUCCUGCCCGUGGAGCAGUACCCUGAGCUAGCAGACAGUAGCAGCAACAUCCAGUUUUUAAGACAGAAUGAAAUGGGAAAGAGGUAACAAAUUAACCUGCUGUCAUCCUUUGCUGGAUGAAUCAGUAGUCAUAACUGUUAUCUCCUCUCCUAAGGAGAUGAAGACCUAAAUGGGGGCACUAGGCUGAGCUACUCUGGGAUAGUAAGUGGCAAAAAAGCUCAUAUUUUUUGAGUUAAAUGCUACUGUUCAAGUGAUUAAAAACCACAUCCUGAAGUGGACUAAAGCCAGACUGAAAACUCUUAACCGUACAAAUUAAAAAGUACCCCUGAAAUAUUACCCACUUGUUCUGGGUCUAAAGAAAAACAAAAAGAAGGCCUCGUAUUGUAUUACCUCACUCCAUUCACACGUGAGCAAACUAAGAAAUCCAAGUGGGCCACUUUCACUAACCAGCUGAUGAAACACAGAUGAUUCAGACUGCUUGUUUGAUAAAUAUCCAAGAGGUUUUCAUUUAAAGCAAAAUACAGAUGCAUUUAAAACAUGACUUUGGGGUGAUUUGUGUGUAGCGAAUGGAGGACAAAUGAAAUGCAAGUGAGAGCGCACUGGAAAUAGGAAAGGAAAAUAUAUUUAAAAGAAACAAAACCACGCUUGCACUCUGACCCUCCACUUGUCUGGCCUGAAGCUUAACUUAUUCAAAGAGGGCAGAGUGUAAAGUUACAUUCAAAAUGGUGGCUAUAAAUCACUACAGAUAAAUUUCAUACUCUGUUUGUCUUUGAAGAUUUCCAUUGUGGACAGUAUAACACAGUUACAGGGUGUAGUCUGUUUAGAUUCAGUAGUUUGUUGGUAUCAGUUCCAGUAGAGCUGUGGGCAUUGUGUUACACUAUUGCAAAUGGGCACCACGUCAGAUCACCCUGUACAUACAUCAGCCAGAAGGCACAAUCACUGUUUCAGAUUUAAAAAUUAUUAGUGUGUUUGUUUGGUCGAGAAACUGAGACAAUCACAUUACGGUCACCACAAAAAAAAAAAAAAAGAAAAAAAAAAGUCUAAUAAGAACUUUGGUACAAGAACUUUUUUGUAAUAUACAUGUAUGAAUUGUUCAUUGAGUUUUUAUAUUAAUUUUAAUUUGCUGCUAAGCAAAGACUAGAGACAGGCAAAGAUAAUUUAUGGCAAA